UGUCUGCUUGCGCGAAGCUAAUUCCGCGCUGCGUUUUGCUGCAGGAAAAGAACUCAUGGUGUCCGGAAUCUUAAAUUUGCUCGCUCCUGUGCGCCGCGCGGUGGUGUCGAGUGUCGUCAACAGCGGGUCUGUGUGUGAAGGAAGGCUUUUCUUCGCUCGCUCUCUUGUCUCUUGGAGCGAGCAAAACUUUUCCCGCGAGAAGAGAGUGUCGUCCAAUCGGUGCCAUACAACCAGGCUUGAACAAAGAAUGUCCUUUGGAUUUUCUUUUGGAGAGAAUGUCCUUGUUUACAAAGUUUGGUGUCAUCGUCUCCGCGGCGACAUUGGGAUUUGGGCCAAAACGCGGCCGCGAAAGUCAAUCGGGCAUGUCAGACAGGAAUCUACAAAUUACUGUGCAAAUCUUUCAAGUUUUAUCACGUUUUUUUACUCUCCCCGAGAUCAGCGCGAAUGUUCCGUACAUCUUCUUAAAUCUGUAGAAGAUGCCCUGGCAUCUUUUUGAAAA